CACGGGACCCCGGCGCUCCACACGGGCCACACUCCGGGUCACCCGCGCCGCAGGACGAUGGCAGCAGGCGAGGAGGAGCGGCACCUGCUGAGCCCGGGCGCAGGCGGGUCCUACCUGGGGGCCGCGCACAAGGACGGGCACGGCGCGGUGCAGGACCAGGCCCCCGCGCUGGCGCUGGGGCCGCGGCGCAGCCAGCACUGCCACACGGGGGGGGCCACCGGCCACCGCGGCCAGCAGCGGCAGGCGCGCAGGAGGCUCUACCUGGCCGCUGGCAUCUGCCUCCUCUUCAUGGCUGGGGAAGCUGUGGGCGGGUAUCUGGCGCACAGCCUGGCCAUCCUGACGGAUGCAGCCCACCUCCUGACGGAUUUUGCCAGCAUCAUGAUCAGCCUCUUCGCGCUCUGGGUGUCCUCACGGCCCCCCACCAAAACCAUGAACUUUGGCUGGCACCGGGCAGAGAUCCUGGGGGCCCUGCUCUCCGUGCUCUCCAUCUGGGUGGUGACGGGUGUCCUGGUCUACCUGGCGGCCCAGCGCCUGCUCUCGGAUGACUACGACAUCGAGGGUGGUGUGAUGCUCAUCACCUCCGCCUGCGCCGUGGCCGUCAAUGUCGUGAUGGGGGUGGCUCUGCACCAGACGGGGCACCGGCACAGCCAUGGGGCAGCCAGUGAGCAGCUCAACACCAGCGUCCGUGCUGCCUUUGUCCACGUCGUGGGGGACCUGCUGCAGAGUGUUGGCGUCCUCAUUGCAUCCUACAUUAUCUUUUUUAAGCCUGAGUACAAGUAUGUGGAUCCCAUCUGCACCUUCCUUUUCUCUGCACUGGUGCUGGGGACAACACUGACCAUUCUCCGCGACGUUCUCCUUGUCCUCAUGGAGGGCACCCCCAAAGGGAUAGACUUCAACGCCGUGCGGGAGACGCUGCUGGCGGUGCAGGGGGUGGAGGCCGUGCACAGCCUCCACAUCUGGUCGCUGACAGCAGCACAGCCGCUGCUCUCAGUGCACGUCGCCAUCAGGGCUGGUGCCAGCGCGCAGGAAGUGCUGGAGGAGGCCAGUUCCCGGCUACAGGGCACCUUCCACUUCCACACCACCACCAUCCAGGUGGAGAACUACUCUGAGGAGAUGCAGGACUGCCGGGAGUGCCAGCCGCCCCGUGACUGAGCCUCCCACAGCCCCUCGUGCCCUGAGGGGGACUGUUUAUGGUGGCAAAUAAAUUAGAGCACAGGGCUGGGUGUGCA